UGUUCUUCUGGUUCGUCCCUUUUUUAUCUAGUACGAUUCUUUGAAGCUUCGUCGUCGUUCAUCACUCGAGAAUUAUUCCUACUAAUAAAUCGCAACCCUACAAUUAAUGGAGCAACAAACCGUACAAAGCUAUAAUAUUUACGAAAACCAAACCCCUCACAAUCAACAAUAAUCCGUCGGACAAAGUCCUGUCAACCGUGCUGAAGGAGUUGUUGUCAAUUAUGUUUAACAUACGACAAGCAUCCUCGGCGAUCAGUGAUUGCCGGGCAUUAGACACGGGUUGGUGAACAUCGUCUUUUGUGUGUUAACUACAUAUCACCGGUCAUCCUGAGUUGACACACGGACGUCGUCGGCCGAGGGCAACAAAAUGACUUGGUCAUUUUCCGUAUUAUUUGCCUAGGCGCUUCCCCCUGUCUGGUGCCACCCACCGCACCAACUAUCGCCGGACUCCACCAAGGACUAGAAUGGUUUCUUCCUUCCCAACCAACCACCCGCAGGCAGUAAUGAAUCGUGUGGAUGGGCAGCAAACAUGUCAGGCAUGGUGCAAAGAUUUUCAGAUUUUCCUUCCUUGAUAAGACGAAACGAAUGUCGCCACGGUUCGAAAUAAAUAAGUCAUGUUAACACGUACCUAGGUACCUAGAGCCUGGACAAAGAUGGGGAGCGGGAGGAUACCGGAACAGAUUGGCAGUUUAGUGGGCACUUGAAAGUUCCGCCGAUAAAUCUAUAUAAAUGACGGUCAAACGGUCAGGAAGCGGCAGAACUAACUUGGUCAGGAAGGUGAUUUCAUAUUUGAAGGUUUAGUGUAACCGGGUAACAUGGCAUCAGCCAUGCUUUGUAAGGUUUGUGGAGAUCGAAGUUCCGGAAAACACUACGGAUCCAUCUGCUGUGAUGGAUGUUCUUGCUUUUUCAAACGAAGCAUCCGGAAGCGAGCAUUCUACACCUGCAUCUCUGGACAAGGAGGCUGUUCAGUGGAUAAGGCCCGAAGGAAUUGGUGCCCGUUUUGUAGACUACAGAAGUGCUUUCUAGUGGGAAUGAAUGCAGCGGCCGUGCAGGAAGAACGUGGACCACGGAAAAGUCGGAAGCUACAUCCGCGGAUGAUGCUGAAAAGGCCUGUGUUGUUGAAGUUGUCAACGGAGCUGUCCAAUAAAGAUACCCUCCCAACGCAAAUCUUGGUCCAGGUGCUCGCAGCAUGCAUCCGCCAGGCUCGGGCAAACGAAAGCUUCGCCACCUUUAGCCGUGAGCAACAAAAUCAAAUUCUUCAACACGUUUGGUUCGAGUGCUUCAUCCUGAGAGUUGCCAACUGGUCCAUCGAUAUAUCCUCCAUCGUUGAGAGAUGUGCCGAUGAACAACUUCGAACUAUUGUGCGGCAAACAAAGGCACUUCAAGUGGACUUAAUCGAACUUUCUCUGCUGGAAACAAUGAUACUUUGUCGGAAAGAAUACGGCUUGAGUGCCAAAGAAGUUCAACAACUGGAAAGCACAUCCGAGACGGCACUGAUCGCCUUAGGCCACUACAGCAUGCAACAGAUGAGCAUCGUCGGUACUCCAGCUUCUCCAUCGCCAAUAUUGGGUUAUCCGACCGGCAGAGCAGUCGCCACCCUUCGACCGCUGUCCCCAUCCCCAUCGUUGACGACGUCCAGCAUCGGCAGUAGUGGGACCAGUUGCACUGCGCUUUCAUCGUCGUCCUCAUCGUUGUUACCCUUUUCGUGCUACCGUCUGGGCAGACUGCUGCUGGGAUUAAGAGGUUUAUCUAUGCACUGCUAUGAGUCUUCGGUACGUGCCAUGUUUCAUGAGGUCACCGGCGACGGUCUAAUGGAGCACUUUAUAAUCAAAUUAUAGGCGGAAUGUCGGGAUACACAUAGUGUCGUGCUCCGAACUGAGCGUUAAAGCGUGGUGGGUUAGAUUUGCCACCUGAUGUGCCUUAAAUCCCGCAAGAAGAAAACGAUUAUCGAACCAA